CAAGAGUCUGAUGAGUAAACUUCUGUGAUUCGCUCCUGAUCGUCCUCAUUCGCCGUGCAGUCUACGGGUGAAGGGGAGUGUACGCAAUACGGAUCCAGAAGCUCAUUCAGGGCGUACACAAGCACCUCGAAGCGCGCUAGCCACGAUGCCAUCCUUCAACAGUGGCGACGGGCUCGACGCGUCUGCGAUGGAUCUCGCUGCUCUCUCUUCGCAAUUGUCAGCAUCGCGCGCAGCAGUGGCUGACAGGAUCAUGGCCCAAAUGCAAGCAGCAAGCUUGGCCAAUUCGGCCCCUGAGCAGCCUAGCAAAAAGCGCAAGAAGGACUCCGAAACUUCCCGCAGCGGACCACGCCCUCCCACUUUGGGACUUGGAGCCGCGCUGCCUCUAGCUGGCACUUCAGCGUUGGGGGCAGGGCCCAACCGAUCGGACAACAGGCUCAAAGGUGCUUUGACUGGUGGUGCUCGAGCUAGAGGGGCAAAAAGAGAUCGAGAGGCACAAUUGGCGGAAGACCGCAGGGCUGCUGAUGAAGCGCGAGAAGCACAAGAGAAGCAGGAGGAAGAGGAGCGGACAGAUGGAAGGAGCGCCAAUGUCAAGAAGCGCAAAGAUCGUCAAGAUCCGUUUGCACAAAUCACUGCUGUGUCCAGUGUCAAAGGCGCGGAGGCGGAGCGAGCUCAAGCGACAAGGAAGGAAGAUCACAGCGGAAAGUCCAUUGGCAGCCAAGAUGGAGCUGCAACAAGAGCUUCGAGUGCGAGACAAAACACACGAGACAUCGGAUUGAACAAAGCAGCGGACCUUGCUGGCGCGCAAGCAGCGGAGAGGGCAGCGUCUGCUGGAAUGGGCAGAAAAGCCCAAAAAAAAGCCAGAAUCGAAGCGAGGAAACGAGUGCUUCAGGAGGCUGGCGUCCAGAGCGGAGAGACGAGCGGGAGCAAAGGCACCGGAGUCAGCGCCCCCCACACAGCAGAGGGGGGAAGUGGAAAGCUCAAUACAAUGUCCAGAAAUGCCGAUGCUGCUUCCGGAUCGCCGGAUGAGGCGACAAAGGUGAACCGACGAGAUGAGGAGACCAAUGGAGCUGUGGGUGAUGGCGCCGUUGAUCUUCCAACUGCCCCACAGCGCCAUCCAACGUCGCAUUUGACGCCUCUCCAAAGCUCCGCGGCAGCACAACUGGCGGGAGCCCGAUUCCGAUCCAUCAACGAAGCGCUGUACACUUCGUCCGGAGCUGAGGCAGUGUCCCUGGCCAAGGAGGAUUCCACACGCAUGCAAGAGUAUCACCGGGGCUUCAGAUCGCAAACGCAGAGCUGGCCUUUGAUACCAGUAGACGCCGUGGUGAAGAUAUUGUGUACCGCAAAGAUUGCCACCAGCUCUUGUGCUGGCAAGCACGUGCGGAAUCCUGUGGUUGUGGAUCUCGGCGCAGGUGAGGCUCCUCUAGCGAAAGCGCUAGCCAAGUUGUCCAACGAAGCCCACCAGACCUCCGGACCAGCACCUGUCGCAGCUUCGAAGAAGAAGCUGACGAACCUCCAUGGUCAUACUUGGAGCGUUCUAAGCUUUGACCUAGACACAUCACCAGAUGGCUGGGUCGUUGGUGCAAAUGUCGCUCAACACGUUCCGCUUCCAGGAGCCCAUCAUCUAGCAGAGGAUCGCGAAGGUGUACAGGACCAUGGCGACGUCCAAAGCAAGGGCAAGAAAGGCCAAAAAGGCACUCAGCGCGCCAAUCCUCAGAUUGUAGACGUUGUCGUCUUUUGUCUGGCACUGAUGGGCACAGACUGGAUGGGGAUGAUUCUCGAAGCCCACAGAAUUCUGCACGAAGGCGGAGACCUCAUCAUUGCAGAAGUUUCGUCCCGGCACACCUCGGUCGAGGAUUUCACCGACCUCAUUCGCGAAGCUGGCUUUGAGCUGAAGAAGAGUGACUCUAGCAACACACACUUUUCCCUCUUCGAAUUUUGCAAGAUCGAAAGACCAGCUCAAAACAGCCCGAAGAACCGCAAAGAGCUUGCCGAGUGGAGGGACAAGUUGUGCGAGAAGGGGAGAAAGGUGUUGAAACCUUGCUUGUACAAGAGGCGGUAGCCAUCGUAAUACUCUUUAUACGCUUGUGCGUGGAGCCGAAGUGCAGCAUUUGCAUGACCCAUCGACAAUGUCUCGUGAACAUGGUCGCAGGAACCAUCCAUGUGCAAGUCGGCACACCAGUGCGCACCAACGAAGAUAUUCAGAGCAAUGCAGAGGCACGCG